UUUCGCAGUUACGAAACUUGGUUGGGCGGUGCGCGUACGGAAACUGUGUAGUAGAUAACGUUUUCCUCGUUGCAACGACGCGCAGCUUGGCAUUCUCCGUUGUCCAGUGCAUUGCUCUCCGAGAAACCGGGCGCACACAACUGCAUAAUGCAAGCUUUGAGGGUAUCGCGUCGCUUUCGACUACGGCUUGAUCGAAGUCGCCCGCCUUGGGCGACCCGACAAGGAGUCCGAAGUUGUGCGACGUUCUUCACUGAACAACACGAUGAGCUUCGACGGAGCGUUCGCAAGGUCAUUGACAAGGACAUCAACCCAUACGUGGACCAGUGGGAGGCAGAAGGCAUGUACGAUGCUCACAAGGUGUUCAAGAAGUUGGCCGAGGUGGGAGUGCUGGGGAUCACGCGCCCAGUGGAGUACGGAGGUCUUGGUCUGGACUACAGCUUUACGGUAGCCUUUGCGGAGGAGCUGUCUGCCAUCAACUGUGGUGGCAUUGCCUCGGGGAUCCUGGUCCACACGGACAUGUGUACCCCUGCCCUUUCCAAUUUUGGCAGUGAUAAGCUGAAGGCGCAGUUCCUGGCCCCGUCGAUCGCUGGCGACAUUGUGGGAUGCGUCGGCGUCAGUGAACCAGACUGUGGCUCAGACGUGGCCAGCAUCAAGACAACAGCUGUUCGACAGGGAGAUGACCUGGUGAUCAAUGGGGGCAAGAUGUGGAUCACGAAUGGCUGCCAGGCAGACUGGAUGGCCGUGCUCGUCAACACGCGCACCGAGGGCCCACCGCACAAGACAAAGUCUCUCGUCUGCCUGCCCCUCAAGACACCUGGUGUGACGGUAGCACGCAGCAUCAAGAAGCUCGGCCACCGCUCCUCAGACACGGCGCAGAUAUUCUUUGAGGAUGUCCGGGUGCCAGCCAAGAACAUUGUGGGCGAGGAAGGCAUGGGCUUUGUCUACCAGAUGCUCCAGUUCCAGGAUGAGCGCCUGGUGGCUGCCAUCAACAGUGUGACUUUCAUGGAACGCAUGAUAAAUGAGACACUGGAGUACUGCCGGCAGCGAAAGGUGUAUGGCCAGCCCCUGAUCAAGAACCAAGUGAUCCAGUUUCGACUGGCUGAACUCCAGACUGAGGUUGAGGCACUACGGUCACUUGGCUACAGAGGAGCUGCCCUACUGAUGUCUGGUGAAAAUGUGACGGAGCUGGCAUCUAUGGCGAAGCUAAAGGCCGGGCGGUUGGUGCGUGAAGUGGCCGACAGCUGCCUGCAGUACUGGGGUGGAAUGGGCUACACCGAGGAGAUGCCAAUGGCUAGAUCCUUUCGUGACUCACGGCUCCUCUCCAUCGCUGGCGGUGCCGACGAAGUCAUGCUGUCCAUCAUCGCCAAGAUGCGAUGGGGCUUAGGCCGGUAGUAUCCUCUGAAAGCAGAGGGUAGCCUUUGCUUGUUGAUUUUGGUCUGAAGGUGCUGCUCUAUGAAUCCACUUGUGCAUUUUUUCAGCGGGCGAUGUGUACACUAUGUUCGAAGCUGAGUGCAGGAAACGUGCAACAUAUCGGUAAUGCCUGCUGCUCGCAUCUCAAUUUCACUGGUGGUUUGCAGCAUGGCAAUAUGUGAAUGUAGAUGUGCACUAUGCAGACUGUCUUCUGCACUCACUAAUGUGCAGGAGAAUGUGUGAUGUUCUGUUUGCUCUACUGAUCACCACUCAACAAAGAAGGCAUCUAAGCCGAUCCAAGCUGCAUGAAAGCAAUUUUGUGAACAGGAAAGCGUGAGAAUUUUCUACUGCUGCUGUUGAAAGUGAUGUUAAAUUGUCACCUAAAUGCUGGGUCACACUCCCGCAAAGUGAUGGUACAGUUCCAGUACAACCAAAGGUGCUGAGGAAAGGUGUAUUUUCCAGUGUAGGGAGACGCGCAGCAUGUCGUUACAAGUGUACAAGGCAUAAAGAUCAUCCAGUGUGGACUGUAUAUAAAAGACAGCAUGGUUGCUUGCAGCCCUGCAUGGGGCUAUAACAUGUGCACAUUUGUCCCUGCGUACAGUGGCAGUUACUAAGUCAGUGCAGCAAUAGCUAGUUUGCGUACUUGGGAGUGUUAAAAUGAGCGGCUGUUAUUCCUUGGCACGUGUAUGUAACUUGUAUUUAAAGUUCACUUUCUGCUCAGGUUGUAAAGGACUACAAUUUUUUAUGCCGGUAAUGGUUCGCUGGGGUUAGAUGUGGGAGUGGUAAAAUGAGCAGCUGUUAUUCCUUGGCACGUGUAUGUAACUUGUAUUUAAAGUUCACUUUCUGCUCAUGUUGUAAAGGACUACAAUUUUUUAUGCCGGUAAUGGUUCGCUGGGGUUAGAUGUACGCCUGCUGAACUGUAGUGCGGUGCGGGUACACUUGCACUCGGUUAUCUAACAGUGGCCAGGUUACAAUGGUCUCGGUGAUGAUGAUAAGGGUGGUAAGGGCCACUAAGUGUAGCUGCCAUUCACUAAAGCCACAUUUGUACACCACAUUUCAUUAGUACAAGGGAGUUUUUAUGCCAAGUAUUAAGCUUGCUACCCCUCGUUAGUAGGCUCUAGAAACCUAUUGGAAGACUCCGUUAUAGUACAGUUGCCAACCGAUAAUUCGGGCAUGCUUGAUUAGUCGGAACAGCUCCGUGGCACCACCACUGGCCCCAUAGACUUAAUGUGUUAGGCCAACAGAAAUUUCAGACACCUUGCAGCGCAUGGUGCGAUAGUUCAGACUACGACUGCACAGCCGUGUACUAGUUUGACCACGGAGUCCAGCAGAAAUAUGGAUAAUUUCCUUCUGAUACAUCACCAGAAUACUGCGGUCACCGUGGCGGCCGCAGUAGACUACGCUAUGCAGCAUGCCGUUACCAUCUCGGAGGCAACGUGCAGCUAAGCAUUGUGCGAAGAUUUAGCUCAACAGUUCCGAUAUUGUAUUACUGAGAAUGCUCUCGCAAUCAUGAAAUAAGCCAGUAGCGUUGGUGCGCCAGCUGCUUUCGAUGACGAUGCAUGAUGGCAUUGCGGAAGCAAGAGCAAGGGAGUUUUCGCUGUUUUGACACGAAAUAGCCAAUGUCCUGCUGUAUGCAAUGCAAUAAUAUUUGGCUCAAAUGUUCACAGCAACCUCUACGAGAGAUAGGCAAUGUUUUCUUUCUAUGUUCUAAAAGUGUUUCGGGGCCCAUUAAAAGAGAGUCUCUCUUGUUAAUUUUCUUUUGCUGUGGAAGAAGCUGGAAGGGAACAGCUUUUUCCAAAAUCGAUUUACAUAACAUCCUGAUGGAUCUCUUAAAUGGUCAGAGCAGAAAUGCUGCCUUCCUUUAAAGCAACACUAGAGAUUGUCUUAUACAUCCUAUAUACGCUUUCGAAAGUUUGAAUCCAGUGUGCUUACCCUGCACUUCACAAGUUCUUUGCUCAUAUAUAAGCACAUGUUCCUAAAAAGUGCGAGUAGAGAAAGGCUCAUUUAUUUGUACUUGCCGCACUCCUCAUUAUGAGCAAUAUUUAUGUAGGCUUAGCUUGGCUAGCUUCUCCACAAUGAAGGUGGAUGAGGGGAAACCUGCAUGCAAAGCACUUGGCACAUUCUUUUCAAAGCGAAGCUUCAUUUGCCUACUUUUCUGCGAUUUGGCGUGUUGUCGUCACGAUGGUGGUCAGCUGUGUCGCCGAGUAGAAGCUGUCGCCAUCAGGAAUCAGUGUAGCGAAGUUUUGCAUGACUUGGCACCGGACGUGUCUGGUGCUGUGCUGGGCUUCUUAUAGUCGCUCAAUGCAAGGAGUACUUUCAACAUUCUACUUUACUGUGCUUCAAUGUGUCGGGUGCCGAGUCAGAGGAAGUCUUGCGAAGUGAUAGUACCGCUGAAAGUGAUCACCCCUCCGUCAAACUUUGCUGUACAAGGUCCACCAUGGUUGUUGAGCGGAAUGCGUUUGCCGCCAUUGUCCACUGCAUGUUUUUAUUGGGACGCGUGGUUUUGUCUUGCUGGCUCAUCAAAGCUGCGCUUACACAGAUUCCCACAGUGCGUAAGAUCUUCAUGAUUUUUUUUUUGAGCAAAUAUCUCCCAAGUAGACAAUGGUGGUUGGUGUCUGAGAUGAAGUGUCAUUCCUGCAGCCCAAGGAGGACACCAUCCUUAGGUGUGUUCUAGUUGUGGUUUGCAUUGAAGACGAAGUGUAGUGCUUUGAAGGCUAAGUAAGCAGCUUUGAGCCCAAGUAAAUUGGAAUGCAUCUGGGCUACAUCUCUAUAACGUGAUGUCACUUCGCAUCAACAAGAAAAAAAACAGGAAAAGCACAUGUUAUUGCUGUAUUUUAACACUUCGCAUGUGCGAACCUAUGAAAAACUAACGUAGCUUACAUUAACCGCAUAUGAAAGCAUGAUUACGUUUUCUUGCACACAGGCGGCUUUCCAGUCGAAUUUCUGCCCAGCUACCAUCUUGUAUGGACAGUAAAGUAGCCCACGUCAUUCUUUAUUAUGAUGCUGUCAUUUUGCCGGCCUUGUCAGACUGGGAAUGAGACUUAGGAUGGCCGCUAUCCACUUAGCUGUCUAUUUAGCCAUUCAUGGCAACUAUUGGAACACAGCUUUGCAAAUUUUCAUUCUGGGGCUGAUGCAGCCUUCCAUGAGCAUCGAUCCAUGCUGGGCUUGUCGCAGGGAUUAAAGCUUACUUUCAGGUACGGAAUUGAAUCGCCAUCUGGAAUUCAAAUUUUAUGUUGUGUGAGACUGUGACAAAAGAAGCCCAGACUUAGCUUCACGUGGUACUGUCUAUCCUCAUGCUGCUUGAGAGGACUGGCACUAUAGCUUGUUUAUUCUUGUUCUUUUUUCUCCUUCAAGCCAGGUGCAUGCAACGCUUUGCCACGGGUGCAUGCACAGGAGCUGUGUAGUGUUAUGCUUAAUUUGUACAAACUCCAAGAGGCCACAUGAAAGUGUUCACCCUAGUGAAAGCUUAUUCAGGUGAAACAGAGGUGUUAUCUUACUACUGGUUCUGGGGUGUUGCAAUUGUUGAACUGAGCAUUGUUCAUUGAAGUGAUGUUAAAAUCAAGUGUCACGACACUAUUUUACAUUCCGUGAUUCUGAGUUGACUAUUUUCAACGGCGAUUAAACGUGACCUUGUCUUGAA